UUUCUUUUCAAAAAAAAAAAAAAAAAAAAAGGGGAAAAAGAAAAACACACUCUCCCCUCUUAUCUUCUAUUUCUCAUUUCUCUCUCUACACUGCAACACCACCUAUAAGCUUUGUGUUCCUUUUACUUGAUGGCCUCUCAGAUCUAAGACAACGCUACAAGUUCUCUCUCUCUUUCUCUCUCUACAUUUCUUCAAAGGAAAAAAGAAAGAGUUAAAAUACGACACCGUUUUCUUUUUUCUUGGUUUAGCAUUAAUGUUGAGAAUGAUGGCGAGUUCGUUCCCUGAAGAGGUGCUUGAACAUGUGUUACUGUUCAUACAGAGCGACAAAGACAGGAACGCAGUGUCGAUGGUGUGCAAGUCGUGGUACGAGAUUGAGAGGUGGUGCAGGAGGAGGAUAUUUGUGGGGAACUGUUACGCGGUGAGUCCGACAAUGGUUAUAAGGAGGUUUCCGGAUGUUAGAUCGAUUGAGCUAAAAGGGAAGCCGCAUUUUGCGGAUUUUAAUUUGGUGCCGGAGGGAUGGGGCGGGUAUGUCUUUCCGUGGAUUGUGGCCAUGAGUAGUGCUUAUCCUUGGCUUGAAGAGAUCAGAUUGAAAAGAAUGGUUGUUAGUGAUGAGGCUUUGGAGUUGAUUUCUAAGUCUUUUAAGAAUUUUAAGGUUCUGGUUCUUUCUUCUUGUGAGGGCUUCUCCACUGGGGGUCUUGCUGCCAUUGCUGCCAAUUGCAGGAAUCUGAGGGAGCUGGAUUUGCGGGAGAGUGAGGUGGAUGAUCCUAGUGGGCAUUGGUUAAGCCACUUUCCCGACUCAUUCACGUCACUGGUCUCUCUUAAUAUUUCCUGCUUAGGGUCUGAGGUGAGUUUCUCAGCCCUGAAGCGCCUGGUGGGCCGGUGCCCCAAUCUGAGGACUCUCCGGCUCAACCGUGCUGUGCCCCUUGACAGGCUUGCUAAUAUACUUCGCCGGGCACCCCAGCUGGUUGAGUUGGGUACAGGUGCCUACUCAGCAGAGCUGCGGCCUGAUGUCUUCUCAACUCUAUCCGGAGCUUUCUCUGGGUGCAAGGAGCUGAAAAGUUUAUCUGGGUUUUGGGAUGUGGUCCCAGGUUACCUUCCAGCAAUUUAUCCCAUCUGCUCUGGCCUAACAUCAUUGAACUUGAGCUAUGCCACUAUCCAAAGCCCUGAUCUUGUUAAGCUCGUUAGUCAAUGUCAGAGUUUGCAGCGCCUGUGGGUAUUGGAUUACAUUGAAGAUGUUGGCCUUGAAGCUCUUGCAACAUUUUGCAAGGACCUGCGAGAAUUGAGGGUUUUUCCAUCUGAUCCAUUUGGCCCAGAACCAAAUGUAUCCUUGACGGAACAGGGUCUUGUUGUUGUUUCAGAGGGCUGCCCUAAGCUUCAGUCCGUUCUGUACUUUUGCCGUCAGAUGACUAAUGAUGCCUUGAUAACAAUUGCCAGGAACCGUCCAAACAUGACACGUUUUCGUCUUUGUAUUAUUGAACCACGAAUGCCUGAUAAUGUAACCCAUCAGCCACUAGAUGAUGGGUUUGGAGCCAUUGUUCAAUACUGCAAGGAUCUCCGGCGCCUUUCCUUGUCAGGUCUCCUAACUGAUCGUGUGUUUGAGUACAUUGGAACUCAUGCUAAAAAGCUAGAGAUGCUAUCUGUAGCUUUUGCUGGAGAUAGUGAUCUUGGACUCCAUCAUGUGCUCUCUGGGUGUGAAAACCUUCGCAAACUAGAGAUUAGAGAUUGCCCCUUUGGGGACAAGGCUCUUUUGGCCAAUGCUGCAAAGCUGGAGACAAUGCGAUCCCUUUGGAUGUCUUCUUGCUCGGUGAGUUAUGGAGCAUGUAAGCUGCUAGGUCAGAAGAUGCCUAGGCUGAAUGUUGAAGUUAUUGAUGAGAGGGGACCUCCAGAUACGAGGCCAGAAAGUUGUCCUGUUGAGAAGCUUUACAUCUAUAGAAGUGUUGCUGGGCCUCGGUUUGAUAUGCCUGGUUUUGUUUAUACAAUGGAUGAAGAUUCUGCAUUGAGGUUUUCAUGAAACAUGUUUGUGCUCUCCCUCUUCUGCAUCAAAGGCCUUGUUUUGGUGAAUAGAUGCAGCAGGUACAUGCUCCAUAUGCUACUCAUUCUUGCACAUUUAAUUUCCUGUAGCUUGAUAUAAUUGCAGCCUGAUUGGUCCGUGGUAACAAGGUGUGGAGGGUGUACUGAGUCUCGAGAGCUCAAUUGCCAUCCAUUUUACACUUGGCUGAGCUAUUGGUUUCCGGUUAGUAAUUAAUAAAGAGAUGGAAACUGCUGUUGUUGUAGUAUGUAUUAAUCAGAGUUGUUAUUUAAUUCAGGAUAGUUGCCAUGUAUACUAUUUGCAAACUUUGGAAUGUUUAUGCAUUUUAUUUUCCGGCUGCGGGGUAAAAAUUAUUUUUGUGGACUCGAUCUACCAUUGUUGGGCUCCUUGAAGAAUAAAGUUUCAAAUUUACAUGCA